AGAGAAGCAGCUGUGGACUGAAGAACGACAGUGGACGGAGCAGCGAGAGAGAGGGAGAGAGAGAGAGAGAGGUGCUGCUCUCUGUCGCAUCCUCUGAUAACAAGCUCGGGCAGAGGGCACGUCUUUGUCUGGGAUCACUUCCAGUAGGAGCACAGAGUACGCCGAUGAUCUGAGCUCCAUGGUUUUAUAUUAUCCCUCGGAUUACAUUCUGUGAUGUUAUGGCAGGAUCAGUCACGGUCGCGUGUUUACAUCGGAGCCUUGACCACUGUGGAAGUUAUCUGGAUGACUUGUGGUGACGCGUCACAGAGCGCGUAACGGGAUUUCUGGUUUUGUUUCUCAAAACGGAUGGCUCCGAUUGGAAUUAUGUUUACAGCAUUUUAUUAAGGUUACAACUAUUUCCAUCAAAGUUUCAUUUCUUUGUCCUGCCCGGAGCUUUCUGCACAGCGCUCAGCAUGUUCUGACAGUGCGUAACUCCAAUUUAAUUGCGCCUUCCCCUCAGGCGUCACAGGUAGACGACUUGAGCCCACCGACACCUCUACUUAUGACAGCAGAUAACCUCACGGAAUAAGGUGACAGAUCGUGUGUUGAGAAGGGGCUGCAGCCUCCUAAAAGGGCUGUCCAUCAUGGAUGUUGCAGGGGGGAUUCAUGCACAGUUAUGCACAUGGUCGAAGUCGUCUGAAAGGGAUGCCCGGCUCGUCUUGAAAACAUACCUGGGAAUAUUUCUGAUGCUUCAUCUCGUGCUUCACGCGGAAGCCUCUGCAGUGUCCAAGUCUUGCGAUAAAAACUGUUAUUCGGGGAAGUGCAUCAACGGGAGCUGCGUGUGUGACCAUGGAUGGGUCGGAGAUCAAUGCCAGCACUGUCAGGGAAGAUUCAAGUUAACAGACCUCACAGGCUUUCUCACAGAUGGACCAGCAAACUAUAAGUACAAAACCAAAUGCACCUGGCUAAUAGAAGGAUUUCCGAAUGCUGUGCUGCGGCUGCGCUUCAAUCACUUUGCAACGGAGUGCAGCUGGGACCACAUGUACGUGUAUGAUGGAGACUCCAUUUACGCCCCUUUGAUUGCUGUGUUCAGCGGCCUCGUAGUACCGGACACCAGAGGUAAUGAGACGGUCCCUGAGGUGGUGACGACGUCAGGUUACGCCCUGCUUCACUUCUUCAGUGAUGCUGCCUACAACUUGACAGGCUUUAACAUCGCAUAUUCGAUAAACUCAUGUCCCAACAACUGUUCAGGCCACGGCAGAUGCAGCACGGCGAACUCUGUCUCCGGUCGGGUGUACUGCGAGUGUGACGAGUACUGGAAAGGAGAGGCCUGCAACAUCCCAUACUGCAGAGAUAACUGUGGCAGCCCGGAUCACGGCUACUGCGACCUGACCGGAGAAAAGCUGUGUGUGUGCAACGACAGCUGGCAAGGUCCUGACUGCUCUCUGUCCGUCCCCUCCACUGAGGCCUUCUGGGUGCUGCCGAGUGUCAAACCAUCAGCUCAGUCUCUCGGUCGGGCGUCUCAUCAGGCUUUGGUGCACUCGGGGCUGAUGUGGGUGGUGGGAGGCUACUCCUUCAACUACUCCAACUACCACAUGGUCCUCAAUUACAACCUGGAGACGAGUACAUGGGACGUAGUGCCUGUCAGCAGCGGUCCUCUCUACAGAUACGGUCACUCCCUGGCUCUGUAUCAGGAUGACAUCUACAUGUUUGGUGGAAAGCUUGAAGUCAAAUCUGCUAACGUGACGGAUGAGCUGUGGGUGUUCAACAUCCCCAGGCGUACCUGGACACUGCGGAAUCCUGCCCCGCCUCCCCCCUAUGCCCUGGAGGGGCACACGACCCAUGUAGUGGAGCUGGCCGAUGGGGAGCCGGUGAUGCUGAUUUUCUUUGGCUACUCCCCAAUAUACAGCUACAUAAACAAAGUUCAGGAGUACAACAUCAGGUCAAACUCCUGGCAGGUUGUGUCUGCGGGCGGUGCAGUGGUUCAGGGAGGUUAUGGCCACAGCAGCAUGUAUGAUGAGGCCAGCGGCUGUGUGUUUCUGCACGGGGGAUAUAAGGCGCUCAGCAAUAACAAAUACGGCCUGGUGGACCACAUGUACCGAUACCACGUUCAUACAAAAACAUGGCUGAUCCUCAGAGAGAGUGGUCUGGCGCGGUACCUCCACUCCGGGGUGCUGCUGAGCGGCUCUGUGCUGCUGUUUGGGGGAAACACUCACAACGAUACGUCGCUGAGCAACGGAGCCAAAUGCUUCUCCGCUGACUUCAUGGCAUACGACAUCGCUUGUGAUGAGUGGAGCAUCCUCCCCAGACCAGGGCUGCACCAGGACGUCAACCGCUUUGGUCAUUCUGCAGUUGUCAACAAUGGCACCAUGUACAUAUUUGGGGGAUUUUCAGGCCUCCUUCUGAACGAUGUGCUGGCCUACACCCCUCCGUCCUGCCUGGCCUUUUCAAACCCAGGUUCAUGUGCAGCUGCUGGGCCGGGCCUUCGCUGCCACUGGGUCAAAAGUAGAUGUGUCCCCUGGGAGCCAAAACCACCUGGGAACAUUUUUCCUACUCCUUUUUGCCCCCCUAGACCUGACAGUACAGACGAACAGUGUUUCCGGUUCUCGGACUGCGCAAGCUGCACUGCUAACACUCGUGGAUGUCUGUGGUGUGAAGACAGGAAAUGCAUCUCUGUCUCCAGUAAUUGCACCGUGCUGACUCUGGAGCUGGCCCAGCAGCAUGGCGGCGCUCUGUCUCUGUCUCCCCCACCAUCCAUGUUGUCUGAACAUCAGCUGAGCUUGUGGAAGCACGGAGCCAGAAGGAGGGGACAUUCUGUGAAGGACUCGUCCAGGUGUAAGCGCAGGGAGGAGCAGGAGUGUUUCAGAAUGGCCAACUGCAGGAGCUGCUCCCUCAACCUCAACUGUCAGUGGGAGGCACAGCAGCAGGAGUGUCAGGCUCUGCCGGGCCAGCUGUGUGGGGAGGGCUGGCACCAUGUCGGGGAGGCCUGCCUGAGGAUCAACUCCAGCAGAGAGAGCUAUGAUAACGCCCAGCACUACUGCAAAAACCUCGGAGGAAAUAUUGCCUCUUUGGUCACAGACAAACAGGUCAACUUUGUUCUGGAAGAGCUACAGAAAUACCAGCUACAAGACAAGAGGUUAUCUCCCUGGGUUGGCUUGAGGAAGAUCAACGUGUCAUAUUGGGGCUGGGAGGAUAUGUCGCCCUUUACAAACACAAGCCUGCGAUGGUUACCUGGAGAGCCCAGCGACUCUGGCUUCUGUGCUUACCUGGAACGAGCGCAGGUCUCUGGUCUCAAAGCAAACCCCUGCACAGCUACUACUGACGGCCUGAUCUGUGAAAAACCUGCAGGGAGUCCUCAAAGUCAGAGUGCUCGUCCUUGUAAGACACCCUGCUCUCUGCGCACCAGCUGUGCUAACUGCACCAGCCAGGCCAUGGAGUGUAUGUGGUGUGGCAGCACACAGCGCUGCGUCGACUCCUCGGCUUACGUCAUCUCCUUCCCCUACGGGCAGUGUCUGGAGUGGCAGACUCAGGACUGUGCAGCCCAAAACUGUUCAGGUCUGCGCACAUGUGCUGACUGUUUGGAGAGAGCUGAGUGCGGCUGGUGUGGUGAUCCCAGCAACACCGGCAGGGGCGUUUGCAUGGAGGGCUCUUACCGGGGCCCUAUGAAACCUGCUGGUGUCAGGACCGGACCCCGAGACCGAGACAGGCUGCGAGAAAAGGACAUGGUGCUUGAUCAGAGUCUCUGUUCUUCUGAUAGAGGCUACAACUGGGCUUACAUCCAGUGUCCAGCAUGUCAGUGCAAUGGCCACAGCAGGUGUGUGAACAGCAGCGUGUGUGAGCACUGUGGGAACCUGACAGCAGGGACGCACUGCCAGAACUGUAUGCCGGGUUACUAUGGUGACCCCAUCAAUGGAGGAAAGUGCAAUGCAUGCAAGUGUAACAGCCACGCCAAUGUGUGCCACGUCAACACAGGGAAGUGCUUCUGUACCACCAAAGGCAUCAAGGGAGACCAGUGUCAGCUAUGUGACUCAGAGAACCGUUACCUUGGUAACCCCCUCAGAGGAACAUGCUACUACAACCUGCUGAUCGAUUACCAGUUUACCUUCAGUUUGCUUCAGGAAGAUGACCGCUACUACACCGCCAUCAACUUCAUGGCUACACCUGAACAGGCCAACAAGAACCUGGACAUGUCGAUAAACGCAUCAAACAACUUCAACCUCAACAUCACCUGGUCCUACAGCUCCACAGCUGGCACCAUCUCAGGUGAGGAAAUGCCCAUCAUAGCAAGGACCAACAUCAAGGAGCACCGGGACAGUUUCUCCUGUGAGAAGUUCAACUUCCGACUCCACCACAACAUCACCUUCUACGUCUAUGUGACAAACUUCAGCUGGCCAAUCAAGAUCCAGAUUGCCUUCUCACAGCACAACAGCAUCAUGGACCUGGUGCAGUUCUUUGUCACUUUCUUCAGCUGCUUCCUGUCUCUGCUGCUGGUGGCUGCUGUGGUUUGGAAAAUCAAACAGACCUGCUGGGCUUCACGACGUAGAGAGCAGCUGAUGAGAGAGCGACAGCAGAUGGCAAGUCGACCCUUUGCUUCGGUUGCUGUGGUGUUGGAGGUGGGCGGAGACCAAGAAGAUCUGCUACAGGCAGUACCAAAGCCCAUAGCCAUGGAGCCGUGUUGGGGAAGCAGAGCAGGUGUUCUGACGGUGCUGUUGUACCUGCCAAGAGUCCCGUCUGGAAUACCUCCGCCAGGACAGUCUGGGGUUGCUAUAGCCAGUGCUCUGGUGGACACAUCACAACAGCGAGCGAUGGAUUUCAAAGAAAGAGGCCUCGGUCUGAAGCACCGCAAACAUGUUGUGCACCACCAAGGGACCUGUGUAUGAACUGGAUGGCCUCCACGAGGUGACAACUUAUCCAAUGUGCCCCCAGAGGAAAUUUCACAGGAGAUGUUCUUAUUGCCCUCAGACAAAGGGAAACACUGUUGAUAGAGGCAACGCAUGGAAAGACUGGGUUUGUCUUUGUUCCUGGCUUGGAUGGAGAGGAAAUAAAUCCACUGUUUUUAUCAGCAGUGGGAAAGUAGGAAAACUGUCUGAGCCUUUUCUCCUUGGAUCAGAUGGAGAGCUUCAUAAACAUGGUGGUUUUUCCCUAUGAGGGAACAUUUCAGUGCUGAUGAGCCAGGAAAAGAAAAAAAAUAUGGACAAACCUGCAGAUUGAUGAGAUUGUGUUUCUUCAACACAGCUUUGGGUUUGAAAUGUACUAAGACAGCUGGCAGACGUUUCCAUUUCCUUGCCAUGUGGUUUUAGGUCUCCAGGGCUCUGCUUGUCUGUCUGUCUUUCGUUCUGCCAUAUUGACGGGGAAAAAACACUUGUUUUCCACUAAUAAACCAAACCAAAUGGCUUCAAGCUCCACCGAAAGACAUUGAACUGAAACUAAUGGAGCUAAAUUAAAGUCCUCCUGACUCACAAACACGCUCAGACUUGGGUGCAACUUGGACAUAACUAGAUCAAUGAAUAACCAAGUAGUGAGUGGUUUUCUGUGAUGAGGCUUUUGUCGAGAAGUAAGCCUCCUCUGAAAAACUGAAAGACUACUACUGUUAAGAUGUUGAAGAACUGCAUCUGUUGAAAUGUAUCCUUUCUCUAAUACUUCUUAUUCUGCCCUGUCCAAACAUUUUGAAGUUUUACAUUUUGAUGCUCAGGUGCUCUGUAAUGAAAAAGGGUCCAUUAUCUGUAGCUUUGGGCCUUAUACACGUCUGUAUAUGCACUAUAAGUAAAAGGCUUUACCAGUACAAUAGAACCUCUCUGGGCUACAAAUAUGCAACUGAUCAUCCAAAUGCAAUGUUCAUUAUGGGCUGCAAUGUGACCUGAAGGUACUCUACUACUGAUGGUAUGCUUGCAUCUAUCCAUUCAUUUAUUACUGUGAAGCUCUACUUUACAUCGUUUUCAUGACCUCCAGUAAAUUUAAGCCUGUUUUUGUGGUACACAAAAUUGUAUGUACGAUAACCUCUUGUGUUUUAUUUAUUAGAUAUGCAAAUUACAGUUGAACAGUAUUUUCUUUUCUUUCUUUCUUUUUUUUUUUUACAAAUGCACUAAGAAUUUUUUUAAUCAAAAGACUCAUUCAUGGGUGUUACAGAGUGAGUCUGUGCAGUGUUUCUUGUUUUCAUUGAAAUCCUUAUCUAUUUAAUGCAUAUCAUAGCAACUGUGUUAAAUGUCUUAAAGUUAUUUUUCCCAUUAUCACUUGUGUUCAACCUUUAAAUGAAUAUUAAGUAUGUUUUUAUUCACAUGUAUUAUCUAUAAAUAGCCUGUUUGUCUUCUCUUCAGGCGUUUUGUCUUCAUGUAAUUUUGCACCAGUUCGUUGCUGAGACUUCUAUUAACAAAGGGCAGCUCACCACACUGUUUUUGUCCAUAUGAGCAUAACUGUGUACAUUUAUGAUUAAAACAUUUUGAUGCCUCUUCUUAUGGUAAUUGGA